CUGACACAGUCCCUUUAUAUUCCAUAUCUUUUUAGCCCCUUUUGCUAUCUAUCUAUCUUGUUCAGAACUUGGGUCAAGUGAAUUGGGCAUAUUUUCCAGAUGGGAAGCGAGGAAGCAAACGCGUUCGAUGCAAAAGACGCACCGAAGAUUGCGGGAGAGCUCCGAGAAAGCUUUGCUUCUGGUAAGACUCGGAGUUACGAGUGGAGAACUUCGCAGUUGAAGACCAUCUUGAAAAUCCUUGAUAAUCACGAACAAGACAUGAUCCUGGCCCUUCGUUCUGAUCUCUCCAAGCCCGAGAUGGAGUCCUACAUCCAAGAGAUAGCUAUGUUGAAAAACUCUUGCAAAGCUACACUUAAGUCACUAAAGGGUUGGAUGGUACCGGAGAAGGCUAAAACUUCAAUGACCACUUUCCCUUCAUCAGCUGAGAUAGUGUCUGAGCCAUUAGGCGUCAUAUUAAUCAUUUCAGCAUGGAACUAUCCUUUCUAUUUGUCCAUAGAUCCAGUUAUUGGAGCUAUUGCAGCUGGUAAUGCUGUUGUCCUUAAACCGUCAGAAGUUUCUCCAGCCUCAUCCGCAUUGCUUGCUAAAUUAUUAAAAGAAUACAUGGAUACCUCUUGUGUAAGAGUUGUUGAGGGGGCUGUUGCUGAAACAGCUGCGCUGUUGCAACAAAAGUGGGACAAAAUAUGUUACACAGGAAAUGGGAGAGUGGGUCGCAUUGUGAUGGAGGCUGCUGCAAAACACCUCACACCUGUUCUUUUGGAGCUUGGAGGAAAAUCUCCAGUUGUCGUUGAUUCAGACGUUAAUUUAAAGGUUGCGACUCGGAGGAUAAUUGCAGGCAAGUGGGGCUGCAAUAAUGGGCAAGCUUGCAUUUCUCCCGACUACAUCAUAACAACAAAAGAUUUUGCUCCCAAGUUGGUGGAUUCCCUGAAAGAGGUGUUGGAGAAGUUUUAUGGGAAGAAUCCAUUAGAAUCCAAAGAUUUAUCUCGCAUCGUUAACUCCAACCACUUUGCUCGCCUGAUGAAGCUCUUGGAUGAAGAGAAGGUUUCUGGAAAGGUUGUUCAUGGGGGUGAAAGGAACGAAACAGACUUGAAGAUUGCCCCCACCAUCUUACUAGAUGUCCCGCGAGAUUCGUUGAUCAUGACUGAGGAAAUAUUUGGCCCAUUGCUUCCAAUUAUCACUGUUGAAAAAGUAGAAGAGAGCUAUGAUAUCAUCAACUCAGGACCAAAGCCCCUCGCUGCAUAUUUAUUUACCAGCAAUGAGAAGCUUAAGAAGCAGUUUGUGAUGACCAUUUCCGCAGGGGGUGUGGUCGUCAACGACACUACCAUACAUCUUGCGGUUGUUACACUUCCGUUUGGAGGUGUUGGGGAGAGUGGAAUGGGUGCUUAUCAUGGGAAAUUUUCUUUCGAGGCUUUCAGCCACAAGAAGGCGGUUGUUUAUCGAAGCUUUGUUGCUGAUGCAGCGGUCAGGUACCCGCCGUACACAAAAGGGAAGCUAAGUUUGCUAAAGGCUCUGGUCGGAGGUAGCAUAUUGGGCAUAAUACGUGCUUUGUUUGGUUGGUCCUAAAUUUAGUUGUUGUGCCCGUUCUAUUUUUCCUUCGCAUUAUAAGGUCUCUCUCUCUCUCUCUUUGUAAUUUGUGUUUUUAUUUCCAACUUAAAGAAGGUUUGAUUUAUUCUGAAAAAUAAAAAUAAAAAUUAAAUAUGCUAUAUUGUUUA